AUGACGGGUACCGAGUAUUUCCGUAACCACUUGGGCCAAAUUGUGUCUUUCACAAACUUGUUCUGCAAAAUCACAAUCGAUUCGGGGGCUAAUGUUGAGGACACACAUAACAGUCUUUGCCAUGAAACUGGGAAACCCGUACGAUUUCCAUGUGUGGGGUGGCCGUAUCUUAUACAGUCCUCGCUUCUCUUCCUGCCCACAGCACGGCGGCCCCCAACCUCGCCGGCCUACGCCGACCGCCCUGCUCUUGCGGUCGCGUGUCCUCGCCCCGGUGGAACCCACAGGACUCAGGCUGCCCAGCUCGUUCUCCCUGCCUGUGCUGCCGCUUCGUACUCCUCGGCGAGCGCGGCAGAAGGGGAUGAAGGCAUGUCUGACCCGGAGCUGAGGCUGGUGCUGGAGCUUGCCACCGACGACGAGCUGCUGGAACUGGAGGAGAUCCUCUAUGGUACCAGCUAUUUCAGCCCAGUGCUAAAAUCAAUUGGAAAAAGGCCGAAUACCGUUUCUAUUGUUGCUUUGGACGAUAUCGAGGAGAGAGAUCUUUUCAUCUCAAAAUUGGAGUCGAGGUUCUUGUAUCUUGCUGCAGAUGCACGCUCAGUUCUAAGGGGCUGGAGGCCAUCAUACAGGAAUGUCUUACUUCAAGUAAGAAGAGAACUUGGUGUUCAAUGCUCCAGUAAAUUAUGUAGUGCAGACCUGGAGGCCGAAAUAUUUCUACACCUCCUGGAUGAAUAUUCAAGCCGUCAGAAAGGAUCAUUUUCAUUUCCAUGGGAUAAACAGAAAUCUCCAAAAGAAAACCCUAGCAUUGAAGUAAACAACUGGAAGGUGCUUCGUGACACUGCUUGGAGGAUUGGAGCAAAGGGACUAGAAAGUACAUUCUUGAAGGGUGGCAGUGCAUUGACUGUGAAAACAAUCUAUGAAUCGUUAGCCAAGAGACUAUCUGGAAAACUGCUGAUGGAGACAGCUAAUUAUGAGAUUAAGAAAGAACUUGUUAAGCAGGGUGGCCGAUUAGCUGCUGUUAACCUUGAAUCCAGAGCUGGCUUGCUUGCAGCUAGGCAGGGUUUGGCUCGUGCAGCAUCUAGAUAUGUUGGCCUUAGGAGUUUCAUGAGUUUACUUGGACCAAUAAUGUGGGGCACACUCUUGGCUGAUAUUGUGAUCCAAAUGCUCGGGACAGAUUAUGCUAGGAUUGUGCAGGCAAUCUACGCUUUUGCUCAGAUUCGGCUCACUCGGUCGUGUUACCUAGAAUCUCAUGAAGACUGA